UUCGGCCGACGCGCUCCAAAUAUGACCUUGGACACGGCUGGAUAGUUUCACAAAUAAAGCAAAGUAGAUUGAACAGAAAAAAUUAUCUGUGAAUUUUAAUAAAACAUCACGUUUUGAACCCAGAAAGUUGAAAAGUAUAUGUUUGGAAGAAGUUCGUAUCGGCUUUCGUUGACAAUUGUUGAGGUCUACCCAUAGUUAAACAUGGGAUCUAUAAAUACAUUCUAUUCUCGGAAAAAAGCCUGUUAACUGUAUCAUUUAGUGAACAUAUUUGAAGGCAACUAGUUGGAUUUUAAUGGCAGAACGGAUACGACAUCAUCCGCCUAUGGCUGGUCAGCAUCUGUACUGGAUGUCCCCGCUGACGGUCUUGCCGUCCUGGGUUCGGGAUAAGAUAGCCACAUCAGUGGACGCCUCCAACCGGUUUCAUGAGGUGGCAGAAGUUCUCGGAUACACAUACGAGCAGGCGCUCGCAACAUUGGUCCGGUCCCAGGGUAACUACCAUUGCCGUUCUAGUCCUACUUUACUGCUAUUGCAAGACCUUGCGGGCCACAACUGCACCCUUGGGAGACUUCAGGACGCAUUCGCGGUACUAAAUCAUCCGGCUGUGAUACAUAUCCCAACAUGGCUGAGAUCCGUUACCAGGGACCACAGUGUGUACCAUUCGGGUACGCAAGUCACUGAGGAGCCGUUUUGUAACUGCGAGACCUGUAAUAACCACAACCGUGACGCCACACCGCCUUCCGUAUCCGGUGGGUGCGGACAAGCAAACUGUAGCUGUCUGCGUCCGCCGCCGUACGAAGACAGACCUGUAAGAGGCCCUUAUACCCAGUCCGGAAACACAAGGGGAAUCGGAAGAAGCACAUCUGUGGAAAUUCCGAACAGCCCCCCGAACAGGUUAACGCCACAUGGUGAAUUUGUCGAGCGGGAGACUUUUGCGAGAGCACUUCCACUUCCGGUUUCUCAGUCUUAUACCAAUUCAGUUGUGCAGACCUCCUGCUGCCUGUGUGACCAGUGCAGGUCGGACCGGCACGAAACUAAAGUGCUUCAAACAUUUGAUGCGCCGGAGACGCAUUGUACUUUAAGUUGCAGUCCAACAAGAGGAGACAACCGACGUAACACUAACCAUGACAUACACAACUUACAGAUGGCAGGUAGUAAUAACUCUGAUCAGACGCAAGUGAAGAGUCGAUGUUCAGAAGAUCUCACGAAUCGGGCAUCAGAGGUGAGCGGUCAUGACUCCGAUCAGACACAAGUGAAGAGUCGUCUCACGGAAUCUCUCAUAAACGGAAAUUCUGCAGCUGUGAAUCAAGGACAAAAUAUCGCUUUAACAAAAUGGAAUGGAAGGAACUCUUGGGGCGGUUCUUCUUCCUUGUCGUCAUCAUCUAAUAACCUUAGGCCGAGCAUUUCCGAGGGUUCGAAUCUGUCAAGAACUUCAUCGCGAAACACGUCAACAGCCGAGGACGUGAGCGACCAGGGUCCAAUUUACCCAGGCUACCACAAUAGACUAACCGAAUCUCUCUCGCAGGGCGAUUCGAACAUUAAGACAAGCAAUGUGCCAUCCCGAAACGGCGUGAAUAGCCCGCCCGCGUAUUCAGCGCUUGGGAAAAUUCCUGGUAGAGAGGACAGAGUGUCCCUCCCGGGGCAGGUGGCGCUCCGUUCUUUGAUGGUUUUUAUAACGUAUUCUUAUAAUCAGCACCGAGACGACUUGAGCUUCCUGCGGGAUCUGGAGGCCUUGUGCUUGCUAGUGAGACAGUGCGGAAUCCGCAUCAAAAUUGACGUAGACGAUGAAUCGUAUAGCGAGCGGCGAAUCAACAAGCUAGAUUGGUUGGAAACGUAUGUCAAAAAGGCCGAUUAUGUGAUCGCCUGUAUCACCCCGACGUAUCACAGCGACAUCCAGCCGUCCCCGGCCACCGCCGUCCCUAUGGAGAGUCAACUCAACGCCCGCUUCAUCUACAAUAUGCUGCGCGACGAGUUUUACAGCAAUCACAGCCGAAACUUCCGCAUGGUGCCUGUACUGUUCCCGAGCUCUGGAGCCAUCGAAAGUCACGUGCCGGAUUGCAUGCGUUCAACGAUCAUACAUAAUUUUCCUUCUCAAGCGGAUAAGAUCACCAAAUUGUUUUCUCGGACAUGAUGCGACCUUUACCAUGCAAUAGCUUUGGGCAAGAUCUCCAAGAUAACCAUGCCGUCCCUCAUUGCAAACAUUCUGUAAUUUGAUCUAAGCCUUUAUCUUAAAGCGAGUACAUGCGAUUUCAAUGUCAACAUUAUAUUCUUUCAAUUCUUUCAUUCGUAAACCAACAUGUGAAUAAGACCAAGAAAAGUAUACUUGAAGUAAUAAAAUAUAUUUUAUGGUAACAUCAAUCUAGCAUGGUUAACAUCAGUGAGAUUUAAAACGAGCAAGUAAACGCCGAUACCUGGGGCUUUCCAAACUAGGUACGCCUCUUGAGUACAUGAAGGAGAUUUCUGCUGUGCAGAUGUUUAUUAUUCGCUGCUGUACGGGUGCUAAUUAUUCGUAAUUGAAGAUAAAUUAUCUAUCGAUUAUUGACUGGUAAUUUUUCUUUUGAACUUUCACUCUAGUUUUUUAUUCAUCGACGUUUAAUCUAUACAAAAAUGAUCGUAUAGACUCGCUUAAAUCGCUGAAUCAAUCCUAACUCAGAGAUCAAAUGUUACACGCGAUGUAAUUGUCACUUUCUGAUAUGACAUAGAUUUAAUUUCGUUUAGUUAUAUGCGUAACUGCGUGUUUCGGUUGAAAUAUUCAUAUUUGCGAAGCACGCGUAGUUUCUAUGUAAACCAUCACCAGUCGAUGGUACAAAAGUUAUUCUUCUUGAGAAGUCUUCUUAAGCUAAGUGUUUGCGUCAUUGUAUGUUGCAUUUAUGUUUGGAACUAGUGUUGCACAAACACUUUCUGAGUAUAUUUGUUACCAAAGUGAUUAUGAUUGACAAUGUUACCUGCUGUAAAUAUGAUUUGAUUGCGAAAUCAUUGUAUACCAUUAUGUCAAAUGGUACUAGUAUACAGUUAAUAUAUUGUUAUAAUUAUUAUAUAUAUAUAUAUGGUUGUUCACAGAGAUUGUUAUACAUUUUUUUAAAUAAUAAAAUACAUAUUUUCUUA